AUGCCAUCGUUUUGGGAGAAUCUCAGGUUCGCUGGCGAUCGCGAAUUUGAUGACUUGCACGGCUAUCAGGGACUGGAUAUGGUAGCCUAUGUUAGCCAUCCGGCCCCCAGUGAAGGGGUCAGUUGGCCGGCGGUAAUCGUCAUCCAGGAAGCCUUCGGAGUCAACGACCACGUCCAGAAGUUUUUCCACCGGGAACACCCCAACCCCAAGCUGGGCUACACUCCCGAAGACUUUGACCUCGCAAUCAACCGCUAUAUGGCCGCGCUACGGGACGACGAACUGGUCCAGGACGUCAACGCCACCAUUAGUUUCAUUCAGAAAGAGUACCAGCGAACCGUAGGCCAGAAGGUGGGCAUCGUCGGCUACUGCGUCGGCGGGCGGAUCACCUACCUGGCAGCCACCAGUUGCCCGGGCCUUGACGCCGCCGUAGCCUAUUACCCCGGCCGUGUUAUGGUUCCCUUCGGCGACGACAACCCCGCUCCUAUCGACCUGACCGGCAACAUCAAGAUUCCGCUGAUGGGCAACUUUGGCGACCAGGACGCCAACCCUACUCCGGAUGAUGUGACGGCGAUUGAGGCAAGGCUGGAUGCCGCUGGCGUCAGCUAUGACUUCAAGAUGUACGCCGGCGCUGGGCACGGGUUCAACUGCGACGACCGUGAUAGCUACGACGCAGCAGCAUCCGAGGACGCCUGGGCUCGCACGCUGGGCUUCUUCGACCAGCACCUGAAGAGCUAG